CGGCGCCCGCGCUGCACGCACACCGCGCUCACAUUCACAGCACCCUGGCUGUCCCCACACGCCCCUCCUCAUACCCCCUGGGGGUUCCCGAGGCAGGGGUGCGGGCUCUUCACGAAGUGCCCCAACCCUAAGAGGCAUAUCGCAGCCUGUCGCCUGGAGGCCCGGGAGCCCAGGGAAGGAGCCUCAGCCGCCCAUGUCACCCGCCUGGGUCUGGGGCUUCCCAGGGGCCCCUCGGAACCUUGGACUCCGCUGCUCUUUGGUGGAGGGAACUUGCCCGACAGACCGUGGAUUUGGGAUGAAGAUGGGCUGGGGGUGGGGUGGAACUUGAGAGCCUGGAGCCAGGACUGUUGGGUGGAGGAACCCUGAGCCAAAGAACCUGGUGACCCCCCUUUCACAGGGGCUGAGAGGGGCUGCGAGCCCCCCUCUUCAGUCAGUGAGGCCAUCCCCACACAGAGCGCCUGGGAAACCCGCACUUGAAGCGUCAGCCCUACCCCCACCCGGAGGAGACAGGUUCAGAGAGAGGGCAGCUGUUGUGCUUCCUACUAAAACUGGGGAAACUGAGGCUCACCCAGACCAGGCCUGCGAUCCACUCCAGCAUCCUGUGCUGAGCCAAAGCCGCAGCCCCUCUGCCUGGCAGACCGCCAGGCUGCCAGCGGGAGCCUGCUGGGGUUGUCCAGGCACAGUGAAAUGGAGCCGGGGGGUCUCGGGCACAUUUCAGCUACCGCAGCGGGCAUCAUGGCCGUGGACGUGGCGGAACACCACUUGAGCGUCAUCAAGAGCCCACCUGACUGGGAGGUGGGUGUCUACGCCGCGGGGGCCCUCGCGCUGCUGGGGAUCGCAGCUGUGAGCCUGUGGAAGCUCUGGACAUCGGGUAGCUUCCCCAGCCCCUCCCCAUUCCCCAACUACAACUACAGGUACCUUCAGCAGAAGUAUGGCGAGACCUACGCUGAGGCCAGGCAGAAGAGAGUGCCUGCCUGGAGCACCCAUCGGGCCAGCACUCGGGGACCACCCAGUCGCAAAGGCAGCCUCAGCAUGGAGGACACCUUUGAGACCAUCAGCGAGCUGGGGCCCCUGGAGCUGAUGGGCCGGGAGCUGGACCUGGCCCCCUACGGGACGCUCCGGAAGUCCCAGUCAGUGGACUCCGUCAACUCCAUCUCCUCCGUGAGCAAUACCUUUGGACAGGACUUCACGCUGGGCCAGGUGGAGGUGAGCAUGGACUACGACACGGCCUCCCACACCCUCCACGUGGCUGUGCUGCAGGGGAAGGACCUCCUGGAGCGGGAGGAAACCAGCUUCGAGUCCUGCUUCAUGCGCAUCAGCCUGCUGCCUGAGGAGCAGAUCGUAGGCAUUUCCCGGAUCCAGAGGAACGCCUACUCCAUCUUCUUCGACGAGAAGUUCUCCACGCCCCUGGACCCUGCUGCCCUGGAGGAGAAGAGCCUGCGGUUCUCGGUGUUCGGCAUUGAUGAGGACGAGCGGAACGUCAGCACGGGCGUGGUGGAGCUGAAGCUCUCUGUCCUUGACCUUCCGCUGCAGCCCUUCAGCGGCUGGCUCUACCUACAGGAUCAGAACAAGGCCGCCGACUCUGUGGGCGAGAUCCUGCUGUCCCUCAGCUACCUCCCCACGGCCGAACGCCUCACCGUGGUCGUGGUGAAGGCCAAGAAUCUCAUUUGGACCAGCGACAAGACCACAGCGGACCCCUACGUCAAGGUGUACCUACUGCAGGAUGGGAGGAAGAUGAGCAAAAAGAGGACGGCUGUGAAGAGGGAUGACCCCAACCCAGUGUUCAAUGAAGCCAUGAUCUUCUCGGUGCCGGCCAUUGUGCUCCAGGACCUGUCUCUCCGCGUGACAGUGGCUGAGAGCAGCAGUGAUGGCCAUGGGGACAACAUAGGCCAUGUCAUCAUUGGGCCGUCAGCUAGUGGCAUGGGCACCACACACUGGAACCAGAUGCUGGCCACGCUGCGCAGGCCUGUGUCCAUGUGGCACCCCGUCCGGCGAAACUAGCAGCUGGGGCAAGGCCAGGAGGGGCACUUGAGCUGCCUGGAGCCUGGCACAAGCUCAGGGGUGACACCCUUCUCUAUUGUCCAGCUGGAGCCAUGAAUGCCGGGGUCCCCCCAUGGACUCCCCAUGAGCCAACUCGGUCCCUCGACCUAGACUGCAGUGGAGAAAGAGCCAGAGUCUCUCCCAUGAGGACCAGCUGGAGCCGGACACUGACCCAUUGUUCUCCCAUUUUGAGAUCCCCCAACCGGUCUGCCCCUCGGCCUGGAGUGACCUUGGCCUCAGAGCUCCUCAUAUCCCACCCUGGCUGGGCAGCCAGCGCCACGCUGGGCCAGGCACUAGAACAGAGCAAGUCUUGGGGGGCCGGGCGCUGUGCAGGCACCAGCAGGCGUGACAUGAACAAGACACAGACCUCGAAGACGCCAGGAAGACAAGAGCCUCUGUCCUGGUGAUCUGCUCAGUGUGAAUGGUGGCCCAGCCAGGCAGGGCUCAGGGGGGUGGUGGGGUGAGGGUACGGGGCCUGCAGGACGACAUGGGAGCUGUGGCUUGAGGGACAAGGAAAAGAACAGAGUGACCCAUCCUGAGUGUUAGGGACGUGGGUUUCUCUGCACACAGCCCUCAGCCCCCUGUGGUGGACACAAGGGCCUCUCCGGGCAGGAGAAGAGACCAAGAGACCAGGCCGAGCAGAGCCCCGCAGGCCACAUGGGACCCUGGCUCGGCGUCAUCCUCUGAAACCUACUCCCUUGAACCAUGACCCUUAGGAGACCCAGAGGCCCGAACCCAGGCCCUGUGUUUAGUCCCUCACACUCCAGGCCUUGGCUCCAAGGCGUUUGCUCUAGUCCUUCAGGCCAGGCCCUGUUGGGCAGAGAUGUCGCAGCCUUGGGGGGGAAACCGGGGGGUGGUGGGGCGGCCAGAACACAGACGGCAAGGGAUCUGUGGGUGAGGCCUUUGGGGGCUGCAGGCCCCUGAGAGGACACGGGGGAUGGAGCAGGAGACCCUUGGGCUGGGCCUUGGAGGGAGGGGCAGCCUGAGCAGUGGCCUCGAAGGAUAGUGAAAAGGGGUCAGGACGGACUGUGAGGCUGGGAAGGAGAUGGCUCCUAGGGCACGUUCCCAAAGCAGGACCCUGAGAUGAGGCUUCAAGGGCGCGGGGUGUCAGGGGACAGCCCUCAGGAGAAGCCAGUCAGGGAGAGAGGGAGCCUGGGGCAGCGAGCAAGCUGUGGCUUCCAGUGUCUAGCCUCGGCCUGACGGCCUGAGGGCUUGGGGAAGCUCGGUGUGAAUGGCACCCAGAGGGGUCCUGCUCCAAAGGAAAGGGGCUUGGCCGUCACCCCCACAGGCAUCAUCUUUGGCUUCUGCCCCACCCCCGGCGGGAGGAAGGGUCACUGGCCGAGGCGGCUUCCAUCCUCCACAGGCAGCCGUGCACCUCAUAGCUGAGGGCUGGGUGUCCCUGCUGGUUCAAAGGGAUGGGGAGGGGGGCGGGGGGCAGUAUCUACUCCAUGUGGCAAUCCAUAGGGAGCACAUGGGCUCUUGGGCUGGCUGCCUCUGGCCCUGGUGAGCCAUGGACACCCAGGCCCACUGGUUGUCCCCAAUGAUGUGGCAGGAGAGGGUGGCUGGACCACAGUGGGAGGCCCAGGGUAGCAUGGGGGCUAGAGGCAGGACUGUGGCUCUCCCUAUGUGACACAGCCAGGGCCCAGCACCAGGAGGUCUUCACGGCCCAGGCCAACAUAGGGUCCGGGGACACACAGCGGGCGAGCCUGUGCAGCCGGGGGGAGCCCAGACUCUUCCUACCCCGGGGCUGUGCAGUGCAGGCCUUGCUUCCCGCUCCCCUCUCUUCCCUUCCCUCUAACUGCAUGACAUGUUGACUGUGCACCGGAUGGGCGUGGUGGGGACUGAGUAUGCUGACUGGAAUGAUUCUAGAACCAAAAUAAAGCUGGGGCAGGAAGGAGGGGGCUUCCAGGAGCCCUGCUCGGCCUGAACACCUUCAUCUCUGCUUUAGGAACCAGGGACUCAGGCCUGGGCCCGUGCUGCCCCUGCUGCGGGGUGCCCAGGACUGGGGGAGGGGCAGGGAGGGGUGGCCCCAAUCUGGUUAGGGAGACCGUGACUAGGACCAGUGCCGUCAUACUGCUUGGGAAACUCAAGGGGCCAUGAGCCAGACCUAGUGGGGAGGAUGGCAGUGGGGACUAUCAAGGAAGGCUUCCCGGUGGUGGUGCCAAACUCAGCCUUCCGGGCAAGAAGUAGCAUCAAGCCAAAAAGGGUGGAGAAGGCCCAAGAAGCAUUCCUGGCAGAGGAAAGAGCAUAAGGAAAAGGGCAGGAGUGGGGGUAGACAAAAACUUGGCUGAUAUGUCAACCUUGCUAAAGCCGGUAUGGGAGGAUGGGCGCGAAGAGACCCAGAGGAAAGGUCUGGGGGCAGAAGGGCUGUACGAGUCAGUGGAUGCUGGUGUGCAGCCUGCACCUCUAACACUUUGAGGUAGGUACUGUGUCAUCUCCUUUUUGUAGAUAUGGAAACUGAAGCUCAGAGAGGUUAGGUAACUAGCCCAAGAUCACACAGCCUAAAGGGCUUAGAGCUGAGAUUCAAGCUCAGGCUCCAGAGCUCAUGCUCUUAACCGCUAGGCAGCACUGCCCCCUCCCCAGCUCCUGAAGAGUGGGGCUGAGGGGAAACAGAAGCCCCUCUGGAUCCCAGGCUGCUAUGGUUUCCUACUCCCGGGACCUCCCCUGAGAGAUCACAGCAAAGUAUGGGAGGAGGAGGAUCUGGGUGGACAUUCCCAGCACCCCCCGGGGGGCCCGCCCACUCUAAGGCCUGACUGUGAAGAGCUUUUGUGGAACCCCCUCCCCGCACAGGGGAGGCAGGUAACCAACCAGCCAGGCUGUUGCAGGAGCCCGUGAAGGCUGACGCCAGGAAAAGCUCAGAGGCCAUGGAAACAUGAGCCCUGGCUCUGCAGGGCAGGCAGACUGGACACGAGGAGGGAGAGGAGCCUCCAGGCAGGGGAACUGCCUGCACACGGGUGGCAUGUGUCUAGGGACAGAGACCAGGGGUGGCUGAGCUGAGGAGACUUCGUGUCCGGGUGGAGACCGAAGGUCCUUGUCCUGCUGGUAGUGGGGCGCCACAGACAAGUCCUGGGCAGAAGCAAGUCAGAAGGAGAGAGGCAGGAAGGGGAACACUCCAAGCAGCUUUGGAAACGAGGGACAUCGGCAGGCUGCUCUGGCUUCGUGAGGGGAGGUCCAGGCUGCCUUUAAGUUCAUUCAACAGGGCCCAGACCCAGCUGCUCCCAGCUCUUUCUGCCUCUUCCCCCUUCCUCCAACCCCGGGUUUAUGGGCCUGCCUGGAAGGUCCCAGGCCCUCUCGGUCAGGGAGCCUUCAGCGGUAGACUGAGCCCCACCCAAGAGGACAGGUGUGGAGGUUGCGGGCUGACCGGCAGCUCUGGCCAGGCAGGCCCGCAUGUGGAAGGAGCAGGACCAGCCAGUUUAUCGCCCGCAGUGCCUGCAGCUCCGACUUUCCUUCCUCUCUCCUGCCUGCGGUCGUCUGGGACUGCAGACACCGGAAGGGACGAUCCAAAAGGCUAAAUAAACACCAUGACUGGGUCACGGGACUCCCUCGCUCCCCACCCUCUCCUACCCCAUCAUCAACCUUCUCCUUCGACCCAGAAGGGUCCAUAAUGGUGAGGCAGGAGAGGAGGCAGGGGCAGAGGGCUGCGUCCCCGGCCCUGGGCUCCAGUCAAAUGGCCACUGAGGCUGAGCUGGUCUUGGGGAACCCGACAGAAGACAACUAGAGAGAAGAGGCCCUUUGGGGUUCGGCCUGCCACACACCUGUGUCUGCUGCUUACUUGCUGUGUGAUAAGUCCCUUCCUCUUGAGCCCCUCCCCAAGAAUGAGCACAUUGGAUAAAAAGUCUCUAACGGCCCCCCCAUACUCUGAUUUCUGGGGAUUCUGUGUCUGGAGGCUCUAGAGCCCCAUUGCCUGGGUUAGAACCCAAGCUCCCCCACUUAUCAGCUGUGGGAUCUUUGGGCCUCAGUUUCCUCGAUUGUCAGAGUGUAAGAAUUAUACAUACUUCAUUGGACGGAAUACAAUGACACAUGCCAAGUGUCUGGCCCACAGUAGGUGCUCAGUAAACGUGAGAUCGAGGCUUUGGGUGGAGUUCCUCCUCUUGGGAUUUGGUGUUUGGGAUGAAAGGGAGGGAAGGUACACGGGGAGGUGUGAGGAGCCAAGGGCCUGUGUGGCCAGCCAAGUCAUUUCAAGGGCAGGACUGGACUCUGAAGUUCCACGGCCCUAGCACCCACUUCCCCUCCCCUUCACCCCAGGCAGAGCAGGUGAGGACGGUGCAGAGCCACCACACGGGGGCAGCAGAGACUCAGCUGGAACAGAAGGGGGGGACUCCAGGCCUCAGGGAGGGUGGGGGUGGGGGUGUCAGAAAAUGGAGCAGAUGGAAGCAGGAGGGUAAGUAAUCACCUGUCUGCUGACCCUGAACUCGGGCCAUGCGCUGUAUUCACUCAUGCAUGCAACCAUGUGUUCCUUUAUUCAUUUCUUUACUUUCCUUAUUGUUCCUUCCUUCCUUCCUUCCUUCCUCUCUCCCCUGCUCCAUCAUUUUCCUUCUCUUCCCAUUUGUCCAGCCAAGCAGUCAAUUGGACAUGACAUCCUGAGCCAAAGGAGGGCCGGUCUGGCCAUCUCUGUGCUUCUGGGGUCUUUGGGGCUGUGGCCCACUGUUCAGGGGUCCCCAAAGGACUCUGGGCUUGGGACCCGUGGGACUUCAAGAAGCUGAGUCACCCACAGGCUGGCAGUAAAGGCAGCCACACAAAACAGUAUAACAGUAAACAGUAUAACAGUGCCCUGGUGGGCCGACUGACCUGGGCCACCUCCUCACCCCAAAAUAAACCCCAGGAAAACACUGCUGUCCAGGGCCCAGCCAUGUCUGACAUUUGGGGAAAUUCCUUGCCAAUCAGGACGGGUUUUCCUGGCCCUAAUCUCUCUCUUGCAGAAGCCUGAGCAUAGAGUAGGGGUGAAGCUGGGGUUUAACAUCAGUAGAUCUGAGGGCCGAAUGAACUCAUGCAUGUGAGGUGUGAUGUCGGGAGAGAGUGCGGCUUGGUGGCCAGACCUAGGAUUCUGCCUCUUACUAGCUGUGGAUCUUAGACAAGAACUUAAUCUCUCUGGGCCUCAGGUAUCUCAUCUGUGAAAUGGGGCUAACAAUCCCCACCUGCCAGGGGCAGUACCUGCACAGGGUUAGGGAUCCAUUAAUGGGUGCUGCUACAAUUAGGAAAUGUUCAGUGAAACUGGAAAG